AUGACCAUUAUCAGUCAAGAUCCCGCGACGUGCACGGUGCUAAGCGAGUUCCAGACGCAUCAUGUGGACCUGGAGCUGGAAGUGGAGAUGGAAAAGAAGCGCAUAUUAGGUGUGGCCAUGCUUUCUGUGAAGCGCCUAAGCGAAAAAGCUUCGAUUCUUCGCCUGGACGUGUUUCACCUGGUAAUCCGCUCAGUGUGUGUCGCUCUGCCCGAGGAAGACACAAUUGCCGCUCAAUGGAGUGUCAAGCCCUUUACGUCCUUUGGAGAAGCAUUGGAAGUUGAGAUUUCGGAGGAAUUGGCGCGAGAGACCAUCUUUGAGCUCACGAUCUGCUACGAGACGGAGACGGAAAGCCCUGGCGUGUGCUGGCUCACAAAAGAGCAAACUGCUGGCAAGAAGCUGCCUUUCAUGUACACCCAAGGACAGGAAGUGCUGAACCGUAGCUUCUUUCCGUGUCAGGACUCGCCAUCGGUGCGUCUUACGUACACCGCCUCGGUGAUCGUGCCGAAGGAAUUGGUGUGUGUCAUGAGUGCCAAGAUGUGUGGUAUUGAAGACUAUAUCACUGAAGAAGGAGAGAGAGAAAUGGCUAUUACCAAGAAGAAAUUCACAUUCGAGAUGAAACAAUCCAUUCCAGUGUAUUUGGUGGCGAUGGCAGUGGGGGACUUGGUCGAAGCAAAAGUGGGUCCACGAUCAAGUAUCUGGACGGACCCGUGUAUGAUUGAAGCUGCUACGAAGGAGUUUGAUGAUGUGCUGGAGGAGUACUUGACUAUUGGAGAACGGCUUUUUGGAAAUUAUCUGUGGGAACGCUACGACAUGUUAGUCAUGCCACCCUCAUUUCCAUAUGGUGGAAUGGAGAACCCACGCCUCACGUUCGUGUCACCUUGCACAAUUGCUGGCGAUAAGUCGCUUGUGUCGAUUGUGGCGCAUGAACUUUCUCACUCGUGGUUUGGUAAUCUCGUUACAAAUGCAACGUGGAGCGACUUCUUCCUCAAUGAAGGCUUUACGAUGUAUGCCGAGCGACGCAUUACUGAGGUAUCGCACGGUCGGGCGUUGAGCUGCCUCGACGCUAAACUUGGGGAAGCUUUGCUGCGUGAGGAGAUAUCCUCUCUUGGAGAGCAUUCGCCUCUGACGCGUCUGCGUGUACCUCUUGACGAAGGAAUUGAUCCCGGUGAUUGCUACAACAUGUGUGCGUAUGAAAAAGGUUAUGCGUUCGUAUGUUACCUCCGACACCUCGUCGGGUCCGACCAGGUGUUUGAUAAUUUUCUCAAACAGUACUGCGCCGAGUUUUGUUUCCAGUCGAUCCCAGCAGAAAGCAUGAUGACAUUUUUCUUGAAGAGCUUUCCAGAGCUUGCAAACGCUUCAGGGACUGAUCUCAAGGGUGACAUCUCAUUCAACAUUUGGCUAAAUGAACCGGGUUAUCCGCAAUUUACGCCAGACUUCUCAGACGCACAAGAAAUCAUACAGAAGUGCGAGUCAUUGGCGUCAUAUUGGCAGUCGUCAUGCAUUCCAGUACAGCCAAGUGUGCUUGAUCUGUCGAAAGAGGUCAAACAGUGGGAGGCUCGACCGAUUCUAUAUUUCUUAGACUGUUUCCUCGAGACAAACUUCUUGUGUGAGGAAGUGGUGAUUGCUUUGGGCGACACGCUUUCGCUAUGGGACUCGCGUAAUUCGGAGAUUCUAUUUCGAUGGGCAUUGAUCCUGAUCAAAAAUGUCGUCAUCCGUAAAUUGCCGGUUGUGCGCCGAUUCCUCGAGAUGCAGGGCAAGCAGAAGUUCCAGCUUCCAGUCUACCGUCUGCUUACCUCAAGUCCCAACGAUGAAGUGCGCGGAUUUGCUACCAAUACCUACAUCGCUACGAAGAGCAUGCUGCAUGUCAUGGUUCGAAACCGCAUUAAAGUGCUACUUGAAGCUAUGAUACCAGUCAACUGCCACUAA